AUGGCGGAUACACCCUCUUCUGCCCUCACCGUGGGCAGAGAUUCGCUGUGCGAGAGCAUCAGCAGUCUCUUUGGUUAUUCGCGUUACUCCGACUUCACUGUUCGGUGUGGUGGACGGUCGUGGAAGGUCCACAGGAACAUCCUCUCGUCAAGAUCAGUUUACUUCGCAGCGGUCUGCGCUGGAAUGUUCAAGGAAUCAUCGGAAGCAUGCAUCACGUUGACGGAUGACUCGCCCACCAUUGUGAACGCUAUGCUCCAGUACCUCUACUCUGCCGAAUAUGAUGAUAACGCCAACAAGGAGGAAGACGGCUACCAUCCUUUGAGCUUCAACGUCCUCGUGUAUGCACUCGCGGAUAAGUACCAAAUCCCAGGUCUUGGAGAUCUAGCCCUGGCCAAKUUCGACUUGCUCGCCACUGCCGCCUGGAAUACACCCGAGUUCGCCGAUGCCAUCCACCGUGUCUACACCUCCGCGCUUUCAAGCAAGAGUGCGUUGCGCAUGUGCCUGGUGGACAUCAUCCGUGAGCACUCUACAGUGCUAUUCACAGAAGAGUGUGGGAAGAAGCUUCGGGAAGUGGUCAGUGAGGUCGCGGAGCUUGGUCUGGAGUUGUGUGUGGGUAUGGCCAUGGUGCCCAAGACCACGUUCUCCAAGCYAAUUCCCGUUGGCUGGUACACGUGCAACAACUUCAACUCGUGUGGAAAGUUCAUCAAAUUGUCGGGGCAAUUGACUUCUGUGGGCCAAGACGUGAUCUGCCCGCAUUGCAAAGACACGAACAGAAGCGGCGGUCUCAUUGGCAAGCGCAACGCGGCGGUGGCAAUGCUGAAGGAGAUGGAAGCCUCUGGCAUUUGA